GUACUCAUGGUGCUUGCCACGCCCCGUUUUACAGCCACCUACUCAUACAACAUACCCAUGCCCACACUGAGCAGCAUCGUGGACAUGACAGCGGCCUCCAGCGCCAAGCCCCUACUGGUCAACAAGCUGCUGGUGCAAAGUCCGCCGUUGGACAACAUCUAUAAGGAUUAUGUGGUCACAUCGAAGCCUUUGAAUCUGAGACGCUACAAGAACGGCAGCAAAACGAAGAAAACGAAGAAGGAUUCGAAAAUCUACUACAUACCCGUCCCACCACUGCCCUAUCGCUAUAUACCAGGCAUUGGCUACGACUACCAGCCCAUGAAAAUAAAGCCCAUUAUGCAGGAAACCAUGCCCACCGCGACAACGCCAGCAACAACAACGGCACCGAUCCCAGCUAAACUGAACCCUGCGCUGGCCAGUCAUGGUGGCCAGCAUCAGAACAGCCUGGAGAGCCAGGUCUUCCGGGUGCAGCACCACAGCAACAACUACUAUUUCAAUGGCCGCCCCUUCCGACUGCAGGUGGCACAUGCGGGGCGUAGACACGCCCUCACACCACUUAAUCUUAAGUCUAAAUUGUAUUACAAUAAAAAUAUUAUUUAUUAA